UUACUUUUAACCUCACCGCUAUCACGUGACGUACGGAACCGCGAUGACCUCUCCAGUUAGCCAACGCUAGCUAGCCGGAGAGAUAACAUUCAUGCCAAUACUUCCGUACAUUCAACACUUCAAUAAUGGGCCAGACGAAACAAGACGAAGAUUAUGGAUAUGACUUAUUUCCGGAGAGGAAUCCUGGGGAUUUAAAUAAAAGAUCCGUACCACGUUUUUACACUUGGUACCAUAAGUGUCAGCUCAUGUUAAAGUUAGCGGUGGAAACCAGUCCAUAUGCCAAACUCCUCCUCAGUGCCAUGAAGAAUUCUGGAUGUAAAGUGCGUCCAGACCGUCAUUUUUCCUGCGAGGACUGUGAUGGGACAGUCAGUGGAGGAUUUGACGCGGCGACGUCCCAAAUUGUUUUGUGUCAGAACAACAUCCACAAGCAGUCCCACAUGAACCGAGUGGUCACGCACGAGCUCAUCCACGCUUUUGACCACUGCCGGGCUCACGUGGACUGGUUCAACAAUUUCAGACAUCUAGCGUGUUCUGAGAUCCGGGCAGCUAACCUCAGUGGAGAUUGCUCCUUCUCCAAUGAAAUGUCGAGAUUCCACUUUGGCAUGAAGCAGCAUCAUCAGGAGUGCGUCCGAAGCCGCGCCCUUCGCUCCAUACUGGCCGUGAGGAAAAUUAGCCAAGAGGAGGCUGAGAAAAUAGUUGACGAAGUCUUCGAUACGUGUUUCAAUGACCACGCCCCCUUCGGACGGAUCCCACACACCAAGAAGGACGCUAAGUUUGCCAACAGAGAUUAUGACAACAGAAAUCGAUACUAUGCAAACCUUUAGCGUCACAAGUCCUCCACUGUCAGGAUGUGAUAUGUCCUUGGGACACAUUUUGGACAUUAAUUCUGUACAAAUGGAUCAUACGUAAGUAGUAAUUGUUUUGAAAGUCAAAUACCAGAAGAGUUUUCUUAAGUUGUCCUUUUUGUCCGUUCUAUUUCCUGUAAAUACCGCUGAUUAAAUUAAAACAUUGAAUUAAAUCCCUCUAAACAGUA